AACACUUCUCUCUCUGGGCAGCAGGAAAAAAACUUUCAUUGCUUUUUCUACCUGCCAUCUGAAUUUACCGGAGACUCUUGAUGGGCUGUGGUUUUCCCUUGACCGGACUUCUAACCAGCUGUCUGACUCAAACAGGCUCCUUCUUCAAGAGAGAACAUUGAUGUUAGGAUGUCUGGACGCGGAAAGAAAAAUGUGAAACCGACAACUGCCUCGAAGACAACCAAGUCAGCGAAGGCUGGUCUGCAAUUCCCAGUGGGUCGUGUCCACCGGCUUCUCAAAAGAGGGAACUAUGCUGAGAGAAUAGGUGCUGGCGCUCCGGUUUACCUGGCGGCCGUGCUGGAAUAUCUGACUGCUGAGAUAUUGGAACUGUCAGGAAAUGCUGCUCGUGAAAACAAGAAAAGCAGGAUUGGGCCACGACACAUCCAGCUGGCCGUGAGGAAUGACGAAGAGCUGAACAAGCUGUUUGCUGGGGUGACCAUUGCUGAAGGAGGAGUUAUGCCCAACAUCCUUCCAGCUCUUGUUCCCAAGACCACAAAGAUGCCUAAGCAAGGACUAAAAGAUGGCCAGUCACAGGAAUUCUAGUAACAGCUAGU